UAAUGACGACUACGGCCGUUAGAUUAUUCCAUGGCUCAGUUUUCGUAAAUCUCGAAGAGGAUUUUGGUGCUAUUCUGAAGUCUGAAGUCUGCACUCUCUCUUUUACAGUGAAUUCAUUCAAUCUUUUGUGGCGAGAGUAAAAUAGAGUGAAGGAGUAAUGGGGGAAAAUCGAAACCAAAACGAAGAUGAACAGAGAAUAAAGAGAGUGUUAGCUGAAUCAUAUGAUUAUGAUAAUGAUUCAAGAUGGGCAGAUUAUUGGUCUAACAUUCUUAUUCCUCCUCAAUUGGCUUCUCGUUUAGAUGUUAUUAAUCACUAUAAACGCAAGUUCUAUCAACGUUAUUUUGACCCUGAUCUUGUUGUCGAGGCAAUGCCUUCAGUUUCAACUCAGUCAUCGGCAUCAUCAUCAAGACCACCUGUUCAACCAGUGACAGAACAAGUGCGCCAAAGGGGCUCUGGUAGUAGUAGUACAGGGGGGAGUAAUAGAACAUCAGCAACUCCAACUGCAAACCGAGCUUUAAACCGCUGGGAUACACAGACAUUGCAGUUUUCAAUGAAUACUUGGGUACUUAUUGUGGCUUUGGUAGCUACUCUUCCUGUUAUACCUGAAAAUCUUUCACAAAAGGCGCAUAGGUUAUCCUUUACGGGUUGUUUAGUAACCUCCAUAUAUACUAUAUACGCGGUCUAUGGGAAACCUAGGGCAUGGACUCUGCAGGCUGGUCAAGUGUGGUUUCAGUCAGUAAUUCAAACUAAAUAUUUUAUGACCUUUGUGCACUGCCUCAUCUUUAUCAGGACCCGUGUGCAUUACAAAUUUGCCUUAAUACCUGUGAUUUGCCGCUCUCUUGAACUCGUGGCGAAGUUCCUAAGACGCAAUUUUGGGCAGUCUAUGUUUUACAGGAAAUACUUGGAUGAACCUUGCACAUGGGUGGAGUCGAACACAAAUAUCCUCAACAUACUGACUUCACAGGCCGAAAUUGGACUUGGAUUCCUCUUAAUUCUUUCACUACUCUCGUGGCAACGCAACAUAACUCAAUCGUUUGUGUACUGGCAGUUAUUGAAGCUCGUGUAUCACACUCCUGUAACCGGUACCUAUCACCAGAAUGUAUGGGCUAAUAUUGGUCGUACUUUGAACCCAUUGGUAAACCAAUAUGCCCCUUUCAUGGCUUCCCCAAUAUCUGCUGCUAAGAGAUGGUGGUUCAGGUGAAAAGAGAUACGCGAAUAAAGAAGAAUAAAGUAUUACAUCAAAAGACGAUGGGAUCAUUUGAUUAGAACAUAUGUCAAACAACCUUGAACUGUUAUCAUUGUUCUUAUUUCUUUGAUGAGCCAAUUUUGGCCAUGAAAUCCUUGUGAAACAGUAACAAUUUUUAUGGAUAAUGAAGGAUUUACAGGGUCAAAUCUUGUUAUAGUAA